AGGGAGACAGCUCAGACAGCGCGAGGAGAGAGAGAUGAGUGCAUUUAGUUUGGGUUUGCCAAAAGGCAUGACUAACAUGAGGCAAACCCUGUUGCAUUCCCGAUCAAACUUUAUCUGCAAUUCAUUUUCUUCAUUUAAGUUCAAUUCUCUGCGAUUUUCAUGCUUCAAUCUUCUUGUAUUUCAACCAAAAACUUCAGGGUUUUGCAAUGUGGUACAUGCAAUAAAGGGUGGGGAUGAAGUUAUACUGAAAGCAAUAGGAGACAAGAACAGCAUUGAGGCUGUGAAGAACAUUCUUGAAAUGGCAAGGAGGGCUCUAACUAGGAAAGAAGUUUAUCAUACUGAUUUUCUGACUCCACCCGUACUAAGAGAUGCAAUGUUUGCACUGGAAAAAUUAUCAGAUGUUGAAGCUGUUUCUCAAGGGGGUUAUCCACAGGCUGAACGUUGCCGCCUAUCGAUUGGAUGUCCUGAAGCAAUGUCAAAUGUUCCUGAUAUAGUUGCUGCUUUGAGCAUCACAGGAAACUUUGGAUUUGAACCUUGCUCUCAUGGUGACUUUCUUGGAGCUGUUCUUGGUACAGGGAUUGCCAGGGAGAAAGUUGGUGACAUUCUUCUCCAGGGUGAGAAAGGAGCUCAGGUUAUUGUUGUUCCAGAGCUCGUUGAUUACCUGAGAUCUUCCCUAGUAAAGGUUGGGAACGUUACGGUUUCAUGUAAUCAGAUUCCACUUCUUGCACUGGAGUUCCAGCCACCGAAGACUAAGUCAUUCAAGACUGUUGAGGCUUCCUUGAGAGUGGAUGCCAUAGCCAGUGCAGGCUUUAAAGUCUCCCGUUCAAAGCUUGUUGAUUUGAUCAGUAACGGGGAUGUUCGGGUUAACUGGAACCCUGCCACGAAAAAUGGAGCUACGCUCAAGACUGGUGAUACUGUAUCAAUCAGUGGGAAAGGGAGGUUAAAAAUAGGAGAAAUAACUGAAACAAAGAAAGGAAAAUAUGCAGUUGAGCUUAUCCGAUACUUGUGAGCUUCUGAAUAAACCACAAGCUACGAGGAGGCUAAGAUAAGAUGCAUUGUGUUUCAUAGAUUUUGAGAAAGGGUUUGACCUGUAAUUUUCCCUUCAUAGCAAUUAUUAUACUCUCUCCUAUUUUUCAUUUUAACUUUGUUCUUCAUGGCCAAUUGAAUUUUGGUUGAUCACUCUAGGAAGGCUGGUUAGCUCUCUCACUAUUAAUUAUUAUUUUAUGAAAUGUGGUAUACAUCAAUCAACCUUGC